UGUGGCGGCGGUUUCUGCGCUGGUGCUCAGUGUAGCUUCCCUGCUGGAGCAGCGGAAUACACGGCCGCAUCAUGGUCGAGGAGGUACAGAAACAUUCUGUGCACACGCUUGUGUUCAGGUCUUUGAAGAGGACCCAUGACAUGUUUGUAGCUGAUAAUGGAAAACCUGUGCCUUUGGAUGAAGAUAGUCACAAGCGGAAAAUGGCUAUCAAGCUGCGCAAUGAGUAUGGCCCUGUGUUGCACAUGCCGACGUUGAAAGAGAAUUUUAAGGACAAGGGCCCUCAGAAUGCCUCGGAUCCCUACGGCCACAAGCAGUACCCUGCCAGUCAAGGACAAGAAGUCGAAUAUCUGGUGACAGGUACACAUCCUUACCCACCAGGUCCAGGGGUUGCUUUGACAGCAGAUACUAAGAUCCAAAGAAUGCCAAGUGAAUCAGCUGCACAGUCCUUAGCUGUGGCAUUGCCUGCUAACCAGGCCAGGGUGGAUGCAAACCGCAGCGCACCUGCUGGAGGUGAAUACCGACAUCCCGGGGCCGCCGACCGCGCGCAGCCUGCAGGCAUGACUGCGGUUGUGGAGGGUGGCAACACCAAGAACUCUACACUGAUGGCCAAAAAAGCCCCCACCAUGCCGAAACCCCAGUGGCACCCACCAUGGAAGCUCUACAGGGUGAUCAGCGGGCACCUGGGCUGGGUCCGCUGCAUCGCUGUGGAGCCGGGAAACCAGUGGUUUGUCACUGGCUCCGCCGACCGGACUAUAAAGAUCUGGGACUUGGCCAGUGGCAAAUUGAAGCUGUCCUUAACGGGCCACAUCAGCACAGUGCGCGGGGUGAUAGUGAGUGCGAGGAGCCCCUACCUGUUCUCUUGCGGCGAAGACAAGCAGGUCAAAUGCUGGGACCUUGAAUAUAACAAGGUCAUAAGGCACUAUCACGGACACCUCAGUGCAGUGUAUGGUCUGGAUCUGCACCCAACCAUCGAUGUUCUGGUAACCUGUAGUCGGGAUUCCACCGCACGGAUUUGGGAUGUGAGAACAAAAGCCAGUGUGCACACACUAUCUGGACACACAAAUGCAGUUGCUACAGUGAGGUGUCAAGCGGCAGAACCCCAAAUUAUUACUGGAAGCCAUGACACUACAAUACGAUUGUGGGAUUUGGUAGCUGGAAAAACGAGAGUCACGUUAACAAAUCACAAGAAAUCAGUCAGGGCUGUGGUCUUACAUCCAAGACAUUACACGUUUGCAUCUGGUUCUCCAGAUAAUAUAAAACAGUGGAAGUUCCCUGAUGGAAGUUUUAUUCAGAAUCUUUCUGGUCAUAAUGCUAUUAUUAACACAUUAACAGUGAAUUCUGAUGGAGUGCUAGUGUCUGGAGCUGACAAUGGCACUAUGCAUCUUUGGGACUGGAGAACUGGCUACAAUUUCCAGAGAGUCCAUGCAGCUGUGCAGCCUGGGUCUUUGGAUAGCGAAUCGGGAAUAUUCGCUUGUGCUUUUGAUCAGUCUGAAAGUCGGUUGCUAACAGCAGAAGCUGAUAAAACCAUUAAAGUGUACAGAGAGGAUGAGACAGCGACAGAAGAAACACAUCCUGUCAGCUGGAAGCCAGAAAUUAUCAAGAGAAAGAGAUUUUAAUGUGGCGUUAUCUUCGUGGUGGUUGCAUUUUUUUUGGUUUGCUUUUUCUUAGCUUGGCAUUGAAGAAGCUAUAUGGUCAUUUUUAUGUUCUGGCUAGGAAUGUAAAGCGGAAAUGUAACGCUGGAAUCAUUGCUGCUUCUAUUUUACAGUGAACUCCCACCUGCAUUUUUAUUUCUGAAAUGAGCAACUUGAGGUCUUAGGAAUAAGAUGCAGAUAUCAAGCAUAUGCAGCUUUGUUGAACGGAAUUAUUCUAAAGGUAGACUAUUUUGUCAAUUUUAUUAAAGACCCUUUUUUAAAAAAAAAACUUAAUGGAAUGACUUGCUAUAUAAUAGAAUGUGUGAGAAAGUAGUUUGUUUUUUUAAUCCUUUAAAUAAUGUCUGUGACUGGUAAUUUGGGAUUAAAGGAUUUGAAGUCUUAAUUUAACUAAUGUAUGUUUAUUCCAUAGACACUCUUGGGGUGCAUGUUCUUCAGAGUUCUGUAAUGGAGUCUGUAUGAAGGAAAUAGACAAAUUCUCGAGAAAGCUGACAAGAUGUGUCCUCUGAGACUCCCACCUGAACAUGCUAUAAUGGAGGUGUUCAGGAAGUACGUGGGUAGCGCAGAGGAAAAAGCUCAUUUUCCAGGGAGACUUUGCAGUAUACGUUGGCAUUUGAGCUGAGCCUUGAGAGGGCAGGGGAGAAGGGUAUUCUAAGAUGAGACAAAGUAAACGAAAUCAGACGUGUGGAAUUGUGUGGUACAGUCUUGACACAAAGAACUGUCCAUGCAGAUGUAUGCUGAGUGGCUGGUUGGUCGGGGGAGCUUGUGAGUUUGGUUUUAUUCCACAAGCUGUAGGAUAUCAAUAUAGGGCUAUUGAAACUUGGAAAUAAAAUAAAAUGGAUGUAUUCGAAGGUGUAGCAAGCACUGUAAUCUUUUUGUGAGGACAUAAAAAGUAGUGUCCUCUAAGUGUUAGGUGUCUGCACUUCCUUCUGGUAAAACACAAGUUCAGAGCCCUGGGUCCUGAUUGCCCCCAGGGUCCUGAUUGCUUCUCAGUCAAGUGGUGUCAGACUUCACUUGCUGUAAUUAGAAAACAGUUAAGGAUCCAUUCCAAACAAAAAAAUUGCACUUUGAAUAGCAUUUCCAAAUUAUAUAUACUCCGUCUUGCAUGCUGUGGGUGAGAAUAUAAUGGUUACAAAUCGUAGGAUAGUAAUUUCAAAUUAUGGUGAGAAUACUUGAUCUCGGCUAACUCUUCUUAGAUAGGAUGUUGCCAGGCUGAUGCCGGCUAGAAUAUCUGACAAGUGUAUGCAGCAAGCUCAUUGUACCUAUGUUCUGUACUGAGUAAAACCAGCCCAGAUUUCCUGUCAAUAAGUAGAUGAUUUAAUAGAUUGUGGUACCUUCCUGUGAUUUAUUUCUAUCCACUAAGCGUGAGAAAUGUCUUUGAACUAAUGAGCAAAUUUUAAUGUAAAGCUGUGCGAGCAUUUUUUUUAAUAUAACCUGCUUUUAGAAAUAAUGGAGAAGCCACAUUACUGUUAUUGGCUUUGUAAGGGAGUGGAUUUAUGGAAGUAAUUUCGUGAUUGCCAUUACAUAUUUCUAAAAUG